UACACUGUGAUGUGGUGAAGAACAUACAACUGAUAAGUGUUUUUCUGCAGGGAGACAUACAGAAAAGAGGAGGGGGGAUAUUUCCGAACAAAUUAUCUAAAGAUAGCGUUGGAUGGACAAUCUAAAAACAUCCACGUCUGUCGGCUCUGGUGGAGGUGGGGUUGGCGGAGGUGUUAGAGGAAGUAGCAAAGUGGUCACAAAAUCAGUGACGACUACUAGACUGACAUCGCAAAAUGAUCUCUCUAUGAGCGCAGGAGAGUCAGGUGAGAAAGCUGCAUCAGGAAGCUCCGGAGGAAUCCUGAUCGCAUCCAGCAGCUACAACGCCGCUGGCUCAGGUGGAUACGGCUCUAGUGGAACAAGCAGCUCAGGCCGGAUCACAUCCAGCAGCUCCAAUGCCACCAGCUCAGGUGGAUACGGCUCUGGCGGGACAAGCAACUCAGGGUUAAUCACAUCCAGCAGCUCCAAUGCAGCCAGCACCGGUGGAUAUGCUUCUGGAGAAACAAGCAGUUCAGUCCUGACCACAUCCAGCAGCUCCAGCGCUGCCAGCUCCGGUGGGUACGGCUCGGGAGGAACAAACAGCUCAGGCUUGACCACUUCUACCAGCUCCAAUGCCACCAGCUCCGGUGGAUACGGAACCAGCAAGGCCGCAGGAGGCAUCAGUGUCACUACUCUAGGGGCAUCCUGUGCUGUAUCCUCAGGGGUUGUAAGUUCAGCAACUUCAGGGGGCUCAGGGGGCUCAGGGGCAGCAACAAAGGGAGCUGCUGGAGCGGUGGGGUUUAGGGCCACUGGAAAGGGAUCCUCUGGCAUGUCUUCUGGUUUCGUGAGUGGGGGCAGAGAUGGAAAAAGAGACGGGGGUCUGGGAGCCGUCACAGUUUCAACAGUGACGAAGAACAGUUACAGUUCAGGAGGGUCUGGGGAGGCAAAGAGAGGAUCGUCAUCAGCAGUCACUUAUUCACCUGUUCCAAAAGAGAAGAAGGGCACUACCACCAUGGCAGCAGCUGUCUCAGAUGUCUUCUACGAAAGUUCAAGCACGAACUCCUCUCCAGAGUACAAAAGGAAGGAGUACGGCACUUCAAGUCUAACUUCUAGCUCUGCCGCCAGAGGGAGAACUCAGAGCAGAGAGAGUGAAAUCAGAGCAAGACUUCAGAGUGCUUCUCCUCCAGCAAGUUGGACGGAGCUGGAUGACGUGAAGCGCCUGCUGAGAGGAAACCGCUCCACCAGCACCAGCCCCAGCCCCACCCGCUCCCCCAACAACACGCUGCCUAUCCCCAAGAAGGCCAGCGUUGAAACUAGGACCAUGUCUGACAGCGCCACCACAGGUUCAGCCAAUCAGAUGCCAGAGCACUAUGGCAGCGUUUGGUCCGGAGGUGGGAGCAGUGGCUACGGUUACAACACUAACCCCAAUAACCUGUCGGCUACCUCCACCCUUUACUCAUCAGGAGUUCAGAACAACCUGACCCUCAGCUCCCCAUCAAUGAACGGUGGACUCUCUGCUGGCAGCACUGUUCCUAUGUAUGGUCUUCAGAAUAACCUGGCCACUACCAGCCCCAUGGUCUUCUCUGCCACUGGAGCCAACACACAAACAGUUUAUGGUGUCCAGAAAAAUGUGUCUGGUACUGUAAUCGGCACAACCACAGUGAGACCCAGCAGUCCCAUUAAUGAUGAGAGCCCAGGCAAAGACUUUAAGUUUGUGCUGAUAGAGAAGGAGAAUGCUCCCGUGAAGAAGGAGACGGAGCGGCUGGUCAUGACCAAAGACACAGGGAAGCAGUUCAUGUCUACUGCACAUGCUACUACUUCUGCGUUCUUCUCUGGGGACUCCCUACAGAGAGAGAAACAGAAGUUAUCAUCCAGCACAAUGGAGGAAGGAACAGAUACUAAAUCUGCAACCCUAAAAGUGGCCACAAAAGACAAAGCCACCUACGCAGAGAUCAGUGCGAGUGACUCGGUCUUCAGCUUCUGCUCCUGCUGCAGCUGGUGGAAGUGGCUGCUGGGCCUCCUGCUCAGCCUGCUCCUCCUCCUCGGCCUCCUCUUUGGACUCAUCGCUUUGGGUGAACAAGUGAAACGCCUGCAGAACCGUGUCGAAGCUCUGGAAGCCAUCACUGGCACGGCCUCAGCCAGGUCCGGCCGCCUCUCGGCCGCCUCUGGCAUCAACAUCAUCGACCCGCUGGACUCCAUGUACAUCGAGAGGAGUUCUGCUGGGUCUACCCUGACCCGCUCUGACAAUGGGAUCAACCUGGGGGCAGCUGGGCCUGCAGUAGGCGCUGGGAGUGGGCCAGGGCAGGACAGUGCCGCCCUGCAGAGAACCGUGCAGCAUCUGGUCAGGACUGAACUCCGCUCUGAUGCUCUGAGAGAUUCACUUGCAUACUCACUAAAAGGGGAGAGAGGAGACCCAGGACCUAAAGGUGAUCCAGGGAUGCUUGGACAAAAAGGUGACGGUGGCUUUCCUGGCCUGCCAGGCCCUCCUGGGCAGUUAGGGCACCCCGGACAGGAUGGACCGAGGGGACCAAAGGGAAGUGCAGGUGAACAAGGUUCUGAGGGUCCACCAGGCCAGAGGGGCCGGGAUGGACCAAUGGGCUCCCGCGGAGAGGCUGGACCACCAGGUUUGGGAGAGAAAGGAGACAGAGGAACUCAAGGCGAGGCGGGACGUCCCGGUCUUGCUGGCCCUCCUGGUCCUGUGGGGCCAAAAGGUUCUACAGGAGAGCAGGGUACCCAUGGAAUUCCAGGUGCUCCAGGUCCAAAGGGUUUCCAGGGAGAAGCAGGAGCCCCAGGAGCGCCUGGUGAUCGAGGAACACCGGGUAUAUCAGGAAUCAAAGGUGACCCAGGAGAGAGGGGAGCACGUGGAAUAUCAGGUGAACCAGGACAACCUGGACCACAAGGCCCUGGAGGACCAAAGGGAUCUAAAGGAAGUGGAGGUGAAGCAGGCUUAAAUGGACUUCCUGGUGCUAGAGGACCACCUGGAAUUCCUGGAGAUGUUGGUCCCAGAGGUGAACCAGGAGCACCUGGUAAAAUCAUUGCUUCAGCUGGCUCUAAUGCUGUUGCCAUCCCAGGACCACCAGGACCUUCCGGGCCUCCAGGUCCUGCUGGAACCCAUGGUCUGUCUGGUCCCAUCGGCCCCGCUGGUCUCCCAGGACGACCCGGAACUAAGGGAGAUCAAGGAGAUCAAGGAGAUAAAGGACAUAAGGGAGAUAAGGGAGAGCAAGGGAAACCUGGCGAGCCUGGGUCUGUCACACGUUCAGAAACCCCCGGAACCGACAAACCUUCCUCAGCUGCUAGCCUGCCUGGCCCACCAGGUCCUCCAGGGCAUGUUGGAGCAACUGGUCCUCCAGGUCCUUCUGGUGAGGGUAAACAGGGUCCUCCUGGACGCAGGGGUCCUGCAGGAGAGCCAGGAGUUGGUCUUCCUGGAUCUCCAGGAGAUAAAGGAGAGCCGGGCAGUUUUGUUCCUACCUCAGGAACCUUUUUUGCUGGACCACCAGGAACCCCGGGCCCACUGGGUCCAGCAGGAGAACCAGGUCAACCAGGACUUCCAGGGAGUCCAGGAAGUGCAGGCAAACCAGGUCAUGGUCAGCCUGGACCUAAGGGACCUGAGGGUCCACCAGGCCCCGAGGGGCCAGAGGGGAUCGAUGGAAAUAAAGGCCCACCUGGACCACCUGGACUAUCUGGACCACCUGGAAGAGAUGGAAGCGGACCAACAGAUGUGUACCUUGCAGAGUACCUUCAGAGUAGCUCAUUCAGUCCAGGCGCCCCAGGGCCACCCGGACCACCAGGUGCUCCUGGAAGAGAUGGAACUGGAUCUGGAUCACCUGAUGUGGGCCAGUACAUUGCAGAGUACAUUCAGAGUGAUAGGAUCAGGCAGUACCUGGCAGGACCCCCUGGGCCUCCUGGGCCUCCUGGUUCUACAGGGGACGGGCUGGUGGAUGAUGUGGCAAACAGAGUGAUCGCCUACGUCCAGAGCCAAGGUAGAGGAUAUGACAGUAGUCCUGGCCCUCCUGGUCCUCCAGGUCCUCCUGGCUCCAUCUCUAUCAAUGAUGUCAUCGACGUGUUACAACGAGAAGACGUGAGGAGAUAUGUUGCUGGUACCCCCGGUCCACCAGGACCCCCUGGUGCUCCGGGCCACGGCAGCUACAGAAUCAACACCCAGGAGGUGGCUGAACAUGUUCUCACCCUACUGAAUGAUAGGCAGGUGUUAGGUGUCCCCGGACCCCCUGGAACCCCUGGGCUACCUGGAGACUCAUACCCAGUUGUGGGUCCUCAAGGGCCUCCAGGUGUCCCUGGUAUCCCUGGUAGAGACGGUCAACCUGGACCACCAGGAUUUAGCAACGACAUUCGUGACUACCUGCACAGUGUGGAGUUUAGAGGUUUACCAGGUCCCCCCGGUCCCCCUGGACCAGAGGGCCCCCCUAGUGGUCUCCACGGACUGGUUUCCUUUGCUGAGUAUGCAAACAGAGAACCACCCACAGCAGAACAACAACAAUACAUCAACAGUGAUGGUAUGAGAGGAACUAUGUUUGGACUUCCUGGUGCACCAGGCCCUCCUGGACCCCCAGGACACAAGGGAGAGCCAGGUGAAUCUGGCACAAGGGACAGCAUCCUGGAUACUGGUGACUACUCCAGCAUGGCUGUCAAAGUAACGGAUUACAUCAAAUCCCACGGUCUGCUCCGUGGUGUUGCUGGAAACUCUGAACGUUUUGUUCAAGGACCUCCAGGACCUCCUGGACUUCCUGGAAUGCCUGGACAAAGCCAAUUGGCUAGCUCCCGUGAAAAUAUCAUGGAUGUUGUGGAAUACAUCAAAUCUCAGGGUCUGCUACGUGACAUAGAUCAAAACCACAAUGAACGUGGCAUCCAAGGUCCACAAGGACCACCGGGCCCUCCAGGUCUACCUGGACACAGCCAGUUGUUUGGGUCCCAAGAAAAUGUCAUUGAUUUAGUGGAAUACAUAAAAAAAAAUGGAGCCAUUGUCGGACCGCCUGGGAGACCAGGACAGAAAGGGGACAUUGGGUUCCCGGGGCCCAAAGGAGAGAGAGGAGAAUCCACACUGACUGUUAAAAGAAGGAAGAGGAACGUUCGAGUGUAACUGUCGACUUGGUUGGUAAACGUUUUAUGUGGAGUCUGGUGUGUAUAAAGAUGAUGAAUGUACACAGUUACAGUUGUUAUGAUAGUAUUUUUGUAUUUCUGAAUGUCUUGUGUGUAAUCAAAGACUGUAUAGCUUUGAAUUAGCUUGUUUGAUACACUGUAUUGAGGGGAUAUCUUAUAUUUGUGGGAUUUCAUGAAGUUGUCUUUCAUCUGUUCAUACUUUCUUAUUCAACUUUUUUUUCUAUCAGUGCUUUCUUUUUUUAAAUCUACAAUUGUUUAUAGAAGAUUUUUCUCACUGUCAGAUAAUUACAUGUAUUAAUAGGCAGAAAGACUGGACAACUGUAGUACAGAGGAACAUGUUUAUUUACAGCAAAAUGAAAAUCUACAUUACACAAGUAUUCUAAAAACUAUACAUUUAUUUAAAAAAAUGCAUAAUGCUUUUGAUAUGGAUAACAUUGUUUCAGUCAACAUUCAGAGUUUAUUUUUAAUUUUUUUUUGAAGAAUAAAACAGACAACAGACCAACUGGUUAUUUUGUAAUGAUAUUGUUGUAUUCUGCAAACCUCUUCUGAAUGAAUAAGCUACAGAUGCUGCAUUGUGGGGGUUGCAGUUUCAGCAGAGAAAGAUUCGUAAAAGGUGCACAGCACUUUGAUGCAAUUUUUGUACAUAAGAAUUAAAAUACCUUACCUCUCAAUAGCCAAUCAUAAGGAAAUUAGAUGAUAGAAUGACCCAAUCACAAGUUAGGAUGGCCUAAACCAGUCAGGUCCAUUUUUGUUUGUUUUCACAACCGCAUCGAAUAUUACAUUGCUUUGACAUCAUUCAUAAUACAUCUGCCUUAAUAAAAAUAAGAAAUGCUAAGCGCACCGUUUGUUUCUUUGAAUACAGAUGCAAUCAUUCAAAAAUGUGCUUCAGAGCUGCACAUUAAACCAUAAGCCUUACCAAAAUCUUUAAAGGCGAUCACAUCGGGUAUACAGUAUAUCUAUACAGCUGUUUUAAAGUAUUAAGGCUAUUAGCUAGCACGACAAUGAAAACAGUAUUUCAAUAAGAAAAAUCCGAUAUCAAGGACAUGCUGGGCAGCAAAAA